GGAAUUCGAACCCCCAGGAACGAAACACUAAAACGCUGGGUUUGAACCAACGAGCAAACCCCUUUCUUCUCCGUCACACUAACGUUCAUCGAAGGAAGCUGCGAUAAUGACCAAACGAGGUAAACGCUCUUCCCAGAAGAGGAGGGAGAAGGAUGAGUUCAUCAUCUACCGGGGCAGACUGCGUGUACCCAAUCAGAAGUGGAGAGGACUACUUGCUGGGAACUCUGGAUUUGGUGCUGGGAGCUCUCGAUCUGCUGCUGGCUAUGUCGAAAGCUCCUCCUCUGGUUCUGAGCCAGAGGAGUACGCUAUGGUUGGUAUGAGCAAAAGGAAUGCAGUGAUUCCAGAGGUAAAACGACCCAACCUCGUCAAGAUGUCAGAGUGGACAGCGGAACAGUUCCUUCAGUACGACCGGUUCUUGAUCCAGAAAUGGGAGUAUAUUGGUUGGGUUGAGAAGGACGCAGGAUAUGUGAGCAUCAAAGACAAAAACUCCGCUGUUGCAAAAUAUGCUCGAGAGAAGUUCAACAAGCCCUAAGGUACCUCCUACGUGCCUACGGUAUGGUGAGAUGAAGUUGGCCUAAAUCAAAAAAUGUGGCAGAGAAAGAGUAAUCUUAGAAAAGAUUGAGACUUCCGUUUCAAACUUUGGAUUGCUUUUGUGUGUAUCUGCUACUUUUUUUUUUUUCUUUUUUUCUUUUCUUGGACUUGU